GACGAAUAGCCAGGUUUGGGCUUGAUUCCGGAGCCCGGCUCGUCCAAACUUUAAUAUAUUGGGAUUUGAAUGGUGGUUAACAUAAAACCCGAACCCGAAAAGGUGUGACGAUGAUCCUGUUCCUUUUCAAACCCACUAAGGCUAUGCUUAUGCUACUGUCUUUAAUUAACCAUAAACAGAACAAACAUUAUGAUAGUAGCUAUGGCAUAAAUUAAGAUAAUUAGUCGUUACUUUUGUGAAAUAAUAUUAUCCGAUUCAGAAUAUGUGCUGGGAGAAAGUUUUGAUCAAGUGAGUUCCAAUUGGAUUAGACGUUUGGUCUUCUCAUUUGAGGUGGAUUCAGGGUUCCCUUGGGUUUGAGUUAGGUAUGAGAUUCGAUCGGACAUGUAGAAUUCGGGUUUGGAAAGGGUCAACCACCUCCAACCUGCCCUGAUUUCGGACCUUGAUCGCAGAGUAAUUUAAGUAGAUUAGCGCCGGUUGGGGCAAAAGAAGGUGAUAACCAUCUAUCUUAAUAUAAAUUACAUUUCAAAGUGUACUUACGACGCUUGACAAGCUCCAACUAAUAUUCUUCAGAAUCAUUCACUUAGCAUGCAGUUUCUGUUCUUCAGCAAAAAUCAAACCUGGCAUAGAUUCAUACGUCCUGUAAGAUCAACCCUCGGUAUGGAUUUAAGAGUACUAACAAAAGGGUCAGUUUAGAGUUCACACCAUCAUGGAUGGCCGUGCACGGGAACACCAUGUCGAUGUAUGCUCAACCUCGACUCGGUGUCUGCGCACUAUAGCGCGGCUUUAGUUAAAUCAAGUCGGCCAUCCAUCCCUUUGUCUGUUUAGAAGCUUAUUUGUGUGGGAAAAUACAUAAUCCCAUUCCGAUUUUGGCUAUAGAAGCUUGCCUCACCUACACAAUGUUCAGCUUUACCCCUUGUUUGUAUUAAUGCCAUGAAUUGCUGGAUGUCGAUUGCUUUUUCGGUCUGCGUUUUUGCAUCUACAUAUCAAAAGGGAGGUACAUGAACCAAAAAUUCUUGAAGCACCCAUGACAAAGGAUGUGACUUUUAGCAAGGCAUCUGCCAUUCUCAUCUGCCAUUCCUCAAAAGAGGCCCAUGGUCCAAAAGGUGUUUUUCCUGUCUUUGCUGGCUGGUUGUAGCAUCUGCUGGUUCAACACGGUAUGCUACGUUUUGUGCAUCGGGAACUUCCAAUCAAACAGGGCACUAGCAUUAGCCCUCACCAUCAGCUUCAACGGCGUAAGUGCUGCUCUAUACACUCUCAUAGCCAACGCAAUAGACCCUGAUGACGACACCCUCUAUCUGUUCCUAAAUGCCCUCGUCCCUCUCUUUAUUUCGGGUGUCACCUUACUCCCAGUCCUCCGCCAACCGCCGCCUCAGCAGCUCCCACCUGAUGCCAUCAAACGCGACUCGCGCAUCUUCCUCUUUCUCAAUGGUGUGGCCGUCCUCACUGGCCUUUACCUCCUCCUCCUCAACCCAUUCUCAUAUGUUUCAUACCGAGCACGUCUCCUCCUAGCGGGGGCCAUUCUCCUCCUUGUCCUUCCCCUAUGCCUCCCCGGCAUAGUGUAUGCUCGAGAUUGGGCCCAACGUGUCAUCAGUUCAAGAAUAAGUCUCAAUGGGUCGACUUUCGGUCUUGUAAACGUUGAUGACCUCGAGCUUCAUAAGGAACUGAUUGGAAGUGAGCCAGCAGGGAUCAAUGCUCCAACGAACGGGAAUGGGAACAGAAGUAUAUUCAUUCUACGAGCUGAAGAUGGGUGUUGUGGAAAUGUGAUGGAAAAGGAUCAGUUGACAGUUUUGGGCGAGGAGCACUCGGCUAGGCUGCUUGUGCGCCGGUGGGACUUCUGGUUGUACUAUCUGGCUUAUUUGUGUGGGGGAACAAUUGGGUUGGUGUACAGCAACAAUCUAGGGCAAAUUUCGCAAUCCCUUGGAUUCGGCACUCAGACUAGUGCAUUUGUCACUCUCUACUCAUCUUGCUCUUUCUUUGGUCGUCUGCUUGCAGCUGGCCCGGACUUCCUGCGUGACAAGAUAUACUUUGCAAGGACUGGGUGGCUUGCCAUAGCACUAGUUCCAACACCAAUCGCUUUCGUUUUGCUAGCAACAUCAGGUAAUGAGACAAUUCUGCGCACUGGUACCGGCUUGAUUGGGCUGAGUUCUGGCUUCGUAUUCUCAGCUGCAGUCUCAGUGACAUCCGAGUUGUUUGGGCCAAAUAGUGCUGGGGUCAACCACAACAUCCUCAUCACCAACAUUCCAAUAGGUUCACUCCUCUACGGCCUUCUUGCAGCUCUUGUAUAUGAUGCCGGUGCAGAGACCACAGCACGCGAAAGCAUGCUUGGUGACGCUACGAUAUGCAUGGGUAGGAAAUGUUAUCAGCAGACAUUUAUAUGGUGGGCCUGUAUCUCAAUGGUGGGUCUAGCUUCCAGCAUAUUGCUCUUCCUACGAACCAAGCCUGCUUAUGACCGGUUUGAGAGGAACAGAAAUAGAACAGAAUUUUCUUAGCUCCUGCUUCUGAAGAAUUUUUUUUUGGCAGUGGGAUAUAUAGAUGUGAUGGAUAUAGCCAGCUCAAUGAAGCACGAUUGAAAAUCUUCAUCA